UAGAUCUGAACCAUUAGAUUUUAAUGAUGUUCAAUGGUUGAGAUUGGCUUAGUCAUGUGACUAAGGGACCCCCCCUUAGUCACCUGAUCUUAGCCCCAUUACAAAGGCUCACUUUUAGUUGACGUGCGAGGGAGGUCCAAAUCCGUAGAAAAGGAAAGUUGGAGGUCCAGUUUGUAAUUAGGCUAUCCUAGAUUCCUAGUCCGUGUGUGAGAGUGAGACAGUAUCCUUUCCAGGCUUCGGUUUCGCAGUUACACGCAGUGGAUCGUAUUAUUUAAAUGAGAUUGCUGCCUGCCUGCCUGCCUGCCGAUAUUCUCAGUCAGUUUGAUUUGAUUGGGAGGAAAUCAACAAUGUCGACCGCGGGUGCGCAGCUGAGAAUGACGGCGGAGGUGUUUCAGCUGGCCAAGAACAAUCACGACCGAAUUGAGGACUGCCACUUCAUCUUCCACGCACCGGACGGCCGCGGCGCCACCACGAUCGGCGUGGCGGACGGGGUGGGCGGCUGCAGAGAAAAGGGCAUCGACCCGGGCGAGUACUCGGAGGAGCUAAUGCUGAAUGCCCUCGCCGCCGUCAUCGAGUCCGGCGACGCGGCGGUGGACCCGAUCAGAGUCCUGAAGGAGGCCCACUCCCGGACCGCCAAGCCCGGGUCGUCAACCGCCUGCAUCAUCACCCUGGCGGCGGGGGACGGGGAGCUGAGGUUCGCGAACGUCGGGGACAGCGGGUUCAAGGUGCUGAGGCGGAACGCGGUGGCGUACGAGUCGCCGAUCCAGCAGAGCCGGUUCAACUGCCCGUUUCAGCUGUACCAGGCCGGCGAGGACCGGAAGCUGGUGGAGGAGUGCGCGGUGGAGGGGAGAGUGAAGGUGGAGGCCGGCGACGUGGUGGUGGCCGGGACCGACGGCUUGUUCGACAAUCUUUAUGGAUCGGAGAUUGAGCGGAUUUUAGUGGAGGAAAGGGUCCAUAAUAAGGGGAAGCCCAUGAUGGAGCUGGCUCGGGUUAUAGCGCUGACGGCGUUUCGGAAUUCGUAGGAUGUAAACUACGUUUCGCCGUACCAGGCUCAGGGCUUGCAGCACGGGAGGGAUCACCGUGGAGGGAAGCCGGACGAUAUCACUGUGGUCGUCGCCAGAAUUGAGUCUGUUCCCUGAGCCUGAGCUUGCCUGCCGGCGACGAUGGAGACGAGCCUGAUGUUAUACAUACCUACCGUCUCAUCAAAUGCUUUGCUUUGGUAUAUGAUGCUCCAUCUCAAUAUCAUAUUUAAUUUGCACAAGUAGUAGUAGUUGAGAAUUCAAUUCAUUAUCUUCUAUAUAAUAGCGGACUACACUUUAUUGGCCCAAACUUCCUACUACUGUUUCAAUUUCUGUCGUUUUGUGUGGCAACCAUUGAGAGAGCUUCGCAUAAUAGCUUCCCAAAAACUUCCUCGCGGCAGUCGGCCAUCCCUUCCCUCGUGCCCUUACCGUAAAAGCAGCAGUCGGCCAUGUCUGUCUGCGGUCGUACCCAUCCUUUCACCAUUCCACUUGCAUUUUUCAAGUUUGUAGGACUGCGAUUGUUGCUGCCGGAAGGAAAAAGAGGCCUCUCUUGCCCUGUUACACACUCGCUUCGUAUCUCCACUGACGUCCCUUCUCUGGCUCUUGGACUGUACCCUCACCCCAUUCCCAAAAUCUCGCCCCCAUUCCUCACCAUUCACCCCAAAUCCCGCCAUCCCGUUGUGCUUUUCAAUGGUACAAUCGCCUCAGCAACCCACUUCAGUACGCAAUCCACAGAGGAAGCCACCUCUCCCCGCCAUUCUUCCUUCCCAACACCCACCCUGCCACCAAUUCCACCUUAUCUUUAGAUUUCUUUUCCUCCGAUACCCUAUUUCUUUGCAAGUUUUUGUUUUUCUUCUCCUCUCUCUCUCUCUGAUGAGGAAACCCAACGAUGGCCGACGGAGAUGAGCCCAGUGGAGCCAUUCCCUGGAGCUUCCAACCUGUAAGUGAAAGAUAUAUAUUUGGUUGCUGCUUUGCGGUGGCUGAAUCUGAAUAUGUUGUUUUCAUGUGCUUUUUAUGCAGGAAAAUAGUGGUUGUGCUUGAAAUCACAUUUAAGAAGAGGUCAAGGUGGUUCUAAACAACCCUGUUGGUUGAAGAAGAAAAUGACGACAAGGGAUUUUCGGUGUUGCGGAAUCGGCGACAACUGGGAUAGUAGGGGAGGAAGGGUGGUGGUGUUGGUAGGAGGAUGAUGAAUGAGCGUCGCGGUGACUGGGGUAGUAAGGGAGGAAGGCUGGUGGUGUUGGUAGGAGGACGAUGAAUGAGCCUCGCAGUGGUGUUAGGGAUUGAAGAAGUUGAAGAGGGAAUCCCCAUUUUUUGUUCUCUUUCACUGCUAACAAUUAGGUUAAGUUUUCCUCUGAUAUUUCAGAAAGUGAUUUCCUUUUUGUAGCUGGAACUUAAAGAUAAAGAGUUGGUAAUCUACACACUUCGAUUUUUUGUGUUUUCAUAGGUAUUCUUGGAGUUCCUCACAUAUUUACUUGCUGCUGGUGUGUUUUUUUCCCACGAUCUUAAGACUGUGAUGGUUUGUUUUUUCCCCACGAUCUUAAGACAAUGACCAGUAGUGUUCCAUUGCUUAUCCUUGCAAUAUUUAGUUCUCAUUGUUGGAUUGUUCUAUUAAUUAUGACAUGAUCUAUGUUAUUCCUCUACAGCAACAUGGAAGCUGCAGCUGGUGUUAGGAGCUGAACUACAUGUGGUUGCAGGUGCAAUACACAAGGAGGAGUUAAUCCACAAAUUGGUAUGUGUUUUAUUCUUCUCCUUCAUGUUGAUUUCUCUGUUCAAUUUAUAAUAUUGAUUCUUUGGAGUUAGAUCUGAAAUAAGUUGUUUUGGACUAGCUCUGCCGUUAUAUAAGCAUGUUUGCCAAUAAGUGUAAAACCUCACUCUUUGGAAGAUUAAUCCUGGUUUCAUGCCACUCUCUUAUUAACUGAAUUAAUUGACUUCAGUGACUGGUGGUGGUUUCCAGUUUCCACCCCCUAAUAACCUGUUCAAGAAUCCUUUUUGCUUUCUUCGUAGUGGGUGGCUUUGUUUCCAUCCCCUAAACACAGUUAACAACUUCUGCUUGCUUUUCACAUGUACUUCACCAUGUUUCUCUAUGACGAAGGCCAAUUAAUGCUUGCUUUUACAGGUCCUUUCCUAAAGUUUCAGUCAAAAGGAGGAAUGCUGCUAACAUUAUGUUCUGUAGAAGAUGAGCCUUAGUAUUUGUGUAUUGAAGCAUUCUACAUUAUGUAUUUAAUUUGUCAAUUCUCUAUUUCUUAGCAUUCUGUAAUUGUAUGGAUAUAGCACUACGGCUUUCCUAGAGUUCCAUAUAUAAUGAACUGCAAUGUUGACUUGAUUUGUAUUAUGGAAUGCAGAGCAGGAUAAUCAGGAAGUUUCUUAAUUUAAAGUUUGAACAGAUAACAAUGUUGCCUGGAUCUAUUUGAUAACAAUUUUAUUAUUUUCUUAUAUAUAAUAAUGACACCAUAAAUUU